AUGUCUGAUCGAUGGGCUUAUGGGCUUAUGCCAGACCUUACCGAACAAGACCUCGACGACCAAGACCUCGACGGCUCAGACCCCAUUCUGUUUGGCAGUGGAAAUUCCUUUCCUGGUCCAGCAGAACGUCAGAGCUUUGGGUUUCAUGCGAUCCCAAUCGGUCCUCCGUGGCCUACCUUUGCUGCUCCACCCUAUAGUCCAAUGAUGCAACAACAACAACAACCAUUCAGCACCCUGGCCACUGGCGCACCCAGUGGCCAACACACCACUCCAUAUUCCUCUUACCCAACAACUGUCUACUCGAACCCUCCCCCACCAUCUGUCCAUACGGAUCUGACGUCCACGUCCGAUCCAUUUAGUGCAGGCGUAUCCAAUACACAGCAUCUGCUUCCCAACUAUGAGGAGAAAGUGCUUGUCGACCCACACCCUCAAGUCCACCCGUUGGAGGGUAUUGAUGAGAGGUAUCCCAACCAAGACAUCCCUCAGGAGCUGCCUGCAAAUCUCAAGGCACCUCGUAAUGGGAACUCCCAGAAUGUAGUUCCUCCAACUCCGAAUCCGGUUCCACCGGAGUCAGCCUCACAGAGGAUGCCCACGCCACCCCGCAUGGGUGUUCAGAGUCAGGAACUUGACGAUACCUUGGCCCUUGCCCAAGGCACCAUCAGCCGGCUGCUGGCCCAAAACCCGAACCAUCAAAGCCUGUCUCCGAUCAGCCAGGGUCGUCUGGACAGCAUCCGUGGCGAGAUUACUGAGUACUUCGUUGUCUCUCGGCGCAGGGAGAUGCCCCCUCCAGACUCCCCGUCGGACAAAGAGUCGGGUGACAAGAAAACAGUGCUCAAAAGCCAGCUGUACUACCGCUGUCCAAGGCCCAAGUGCACUAUGAAGGGGCCUAAUAAAGCCGUCUUCAAACGGCAUGUUGAUAGCAAGCACUUUCCACAGUGGGAGUACUACUGUCACCAUAAAGAGCUCGGUUGUCCCGUCGCCGUGAAACCUCUCUAUCGCCGUGACAAGCUCGUCGAACAUUACAAAAAUCACUUAGAGCGUUCUACUGAUGAACUUGGAGUUAUCAUCGACAAAAAUAGGGUUCUACGUCCUUGCGAGCGCGUUUGCAUUUGUGGGCGGUCCGUCAAUGAUUGGGAAGAAUUCUACGAGUGUUUUCUCAAACACUGCGAGUGCGAGCCACCGUUGGAUGACCCUGGUUCAUCUUCUCCUGAGCAUCGACGUAAGCGCCGCCGAGAUGACUCCAACGAUGACCCAUUCGACCCCAGCACGGGCAACGGAGGUCCUGCUCUAUCCAAGCAAGGACACGGGCGUUCUGGAAAUGUCAAUGGACGUGGCCAGCACCAGUCUUUCUCUGGUGCAACCGGCAACCAGCUGAGAAAUGGCGAUUCAAAGCCUUUUCUUCGUGCACGCUCAGCGUCCGACAGUUGUGACGGAAGAACGAAAGGCUCACAGCCUUCUCGGGCAAAUGACGCUGCUCCUCCCACAUCUAAGUCGAAGCCCUCUGGCUCUGGCAACGACCAAAGUGGCCGAUCCAAGAAAAAGAGUGCCCGACCUCCACUUGACCUGCGUAACCUGCAAAGUCAGGCAGGCUCUCAAUCAUCGGUGAACAACUGCAAGACCUGUCAUCAUGUCUUCAAUAUCUGCUCUACGUGCUGCGAGAGUCCACCGUCAGCAGAUCGGUGCCAUAUGUGUCCCCCUCUAGAGCGCACUCUAGCGGUGCAGGCCGGCAAUCCUCAUGCGGACUUAGCUUUGCGUCAAGCUCUCCUCACUGGCCAGAAUGUGGGAUUUGCGGACCAUCUUCAAUUCACCCCACAGGGUAUUCAUGCUGGGCCCAGCAUUCCCACGACGGUCGAUCCCGCACUCCUCACCGCGAUGGAUCAGCAACAUUGGCAGGUCAACCAAGCUCGACAACCGUAUGCUCAAGCCCAGGGCGUGAUUCCGCGCGGGAGCAAUCAGCAACGCCUUUUUGGAGGAAACCAGCCCUAUAUGGCUGGCGCGGUGCAUGAUAUUCAAGUGCGCGGCAUGUCUGAGCCUGAGAUGGAGUUCUCUAUCCUGGACUCCAAGCGCAAGUGGGACUCCAAGAAGUCGCAAGACUCGAGCUCGAGUACAUGGUCUGUCAUCCUGCCUUUCCGAAGUUCGCCGCCGCCUCGCCCAGUGUCGCCGUUGCCCCUCUGCAAGCCGCUCACAGGCACGGGCUCGAUUUCUGUCGGUGGGAUGGAGAUCAUCGCUCGGGAAUUCAUCGGCCCUCUUUCCUUGAAAGCUCCUUCGUCUGGGUGCCGGUGCCCGUGUCGUACCAGGCCUUCAGCAAUGUACUUUGCUCGUGGCCGCGUCGAUAUCGCGCCCGGUAGAAAGAUCGAAAUGGACUUUACGAUGGCACGAGAAACCCAUAACACGGAAGCCCGUGGCAUGGGUCAUCCGCUGCGGACUCGCAUCCAAGUCGUUGUGAAAAUGUUAAGACUCAGAACCGCCGCCAAGUCCGCGAGCGACAAGCACAAGAAGGAGGCGUCUGCUGCCUUCAAAGGAGCCCGCGAGGCUACUGUAUGUGGCUCUGACGCUACAACCACCACUGGUCAGGACGAUGCCAAAGUUGUUGCUCGAGACAACUCAGGCUACGACUGGGAGGUGGAAUCUGUCGCCGAAUCUACCUUCACUGUGUAUACGCAGGCUUCAGCUUACACCGACAUCACUGUGCCCUCUGCACCAAGCAGCCCACGUCCACCGUCCUUGAUAUUCUCGAGAACAUCCUCUUGCACUGACCUCACGUUACCAUCUCGGCCUUCCAGCCCGGGAUUCUCUGGGUAUCCCCGAAACUCGUCUUGUGCAGACCUGAGGCUGCCUGCUCCUGCACGAUCCAGAUCACCCUUGCGUUGGAUCUUGGACGAUGACACCCUCGGCAAUGAGGAGCUACCAAUCCAGGACGUAGGACUCUUCGAAAAGGAAGGAGAAGAGAAGGAGAUCGACCUCGGGCUUGGUUCGGGUCUGCAGUCACUCGACAGGCUCUCUCGUGGGAGAGGCGGAGUGCCGGCCGAUGAACUUCGCUCUGGAGUAGGAUCUGCCUGGGACUAUGACCGGAUCUCCCAAUACGUCAUGGGACUAUCACUGUCUCAUAUAUUCUCGCGGGCCUCGCGAGGCAAUGGCUUCAAUUCCUCCUGGGACAAGAAACCAUCUUCCUAG